AUCUUGACGCCAGACUAGCUGCUAAAAUCCAGACGGCUGAACCACGAGUGUUUUCUUAUUGGAAAUAAUCCAUCAAUUUAUCGGAAUUUACCAGUUUGGAUGAUAUCUGGACGUCGUUACUGCCCGCUGCUCCACAAUGGCACCCGUUAUUCGCUCUGUUGGAGGUUUUAUUUGGUGAAAAACUAAAGAAAAGGUCGAUCUGUCUCCUCCACAGAUGUGGCCGCCACCUCUGCUGAGACUUCUGUUCAUGAACGGCGAGGAUGCUCUGAUCGCUCGGCUGCGGCUUGGCCUGGAGGGAUGACAGGACGUUAGCAGACAUGGAGACAGGAGAGACACACAGAGAGCUGGAAACGCCACAUUUACUCAGUCUACAUUAGAUCCACUCAGGAUAAAAGCCUAUUUUUAUAAAUAUAUAUCUUUCUUUUUUUAAAUUCCAAGCUAUUUUUUGUAAGUUAUCGUAAAGCCAUAGAGACGUCAGGAUGAGCUCUGAGGGCUUUCAGUACCGAGCACUGUACGACUACAAGAAGGAGCGUGAGGAGGACAUCGACCUGCACGUCGGGGACAUGCUGCUGGUCAGUAAAGGAGCGCUGCUCGCCCUCGGCUGCAGCAACGGAGCCGAAGAGCGUCCGUCUGAGAUCGGCUGGCUGCCGGGCUUUAACGAGACCACACAGGAGAAAGGCGACUUCCCGGGGACUUAUGUGGAGUUUAUCGGCAGGAAGAGGAUGUCCCCGCCCACACCGAAGCCCCGCCCACCCAGGCCCCCGUCGGCAGCGUCUGUGAGGACCGACUCUGAGUCCGAGGGUUUUGUGCUGCCGGACCUCCCGGAGCAGUUUGGACCUCCAGACACAGCCCCCCCUCUACUCAGCAGACUGAUGGAGGCUGUAGAGGCCAAAGGUCUAGACAGUGUUGGUGUGUAUCGCAGUCUGAGCGGUGGUGGUCUGGACACACGGCAGCUCGCCGAUACCGACCUGGAGCAGCUGGAGUUGUCGUCCGUGUGUGACGGCGUGCUGCGCUUCCUGCAGGACCUGCCCGGUCCCGUGCUCCCGUCCUCGCUGCAGGCCGACAUGAUUCACACAGUCCAAGAGGUCCGGGACCUGGAAGACUGCGCCCAGGUUCUGAGGGGCGUGGCCAGCUCGCCCGCCUGCCCCGCCCAGCAUGGCCUCACCCUGCUCAGCGUGGUCCGCCACCUGGCCCGGCUCUGCCUGCACGGGACCCGCAACCAGCUGAGCCCCCGAAACCUGGCAGAGACCUUCAGCCCCCUGCUGUUCAGACAGCCUGCAGGGGCUGAGUCCAGUCUGGAUCCUCUUGUUCAGGUUCUAGAGGUUCUGAUAACCAGCGAGCUCAACAUGAACCAGGCUGCACCAGCGUUGCCUCCAAAACCGGUCAAAUCCUCCACUCCAGCACCUUCCUGCAGCUUCAACAACAGUAUUUCUCUGCAGGACGCUGAGUGGUACUGGGGAGACAUCUCCAGGGAGGAGGUGAACGAGAAGCUGAGAGACACGGCCGACGGUACGUUCCUGGUGCGAGACGCCUCCACCAAGAUGCACGGAGAUUACACGCUGACUUUGAGGAAAGGAGGCAACAACAAACUGAUAAAGAUCUUCCAUCGGGAGGGGAAGUACGGCUUCUCCGACCCUUUGACCUUCGGCUCCGUGGUGGAGCUGAUCAACCAUUACCGCCACGAGUCCCUCGCCCAGUACAACCCCAAACUGGACGUCAAGCUGCUGUACCCAGUCUCCAAACACCAGCAGGAUCAGGUGGUGAAGGAGGACAGCAUCGAAGCGGUCGGGAAGAAGCUCCACGAGUAUCACCUGCAGUACCAGGAGAAGAACCGAGAGUAUGACCGGCUGUACGAGGAGUACACCAGAACCUCACAGGAGAUCCAGAUGAAGAGGACGGCCAUCGAGGCGUUUAAUGAGACCAUAAAGAUCUUCGAGGAGCAGUGUCAGACUCAGGAGCGCUUCAGCAAAGAGUACAUCGAGAAGUUUCGUCGGGAGGGCAACGACAAGGAGAUCCAGAGGAUCAUGGAGAACUACGACAAGCUGAAGUCUCGAAUCAGCGAGAUCGUGGACAGCAAGCGCCACCUGGAGGUGGACCUGAAGAAACAGGCCGCCGACUACAGAGAGAUUGACAAGAAGAUGAACAGCAUCAAACCAGACCUGAUCCAGCUCCGCAAGACCAGGGACCAGUACCUCAUGUGGUUGACUCAGAAAGGGGUUCGUCAGAGGAAACUGAACGAGUGGCUCGGCCUGAAGAACGAAACCACGGAGGAUGAGUACAGCAUGGUGGAGGACGAGGAGGACCUUCCUCACCACGACGAGCGUCUCUGGCGUCUCGGAAACAUCAACCGCAUCCAGGCCGAGUCGCUGCUCCGCGGCAAGAGGGACGGCACGUUCCUGGUCCGAGACAGCAGCAAGCCGGGCUGCUACGCCUGCUCCGUGGUUGUGGACGGGGAGGUGAAACACUGCGUCAUCAAUAAGACGAGCACAGGUUUUGGUUUCGCCGAGCCCUACAACCUGUACGGCUCUCUGAAGGAGCUGGUGCUGCACUACCAGCACACCUCGCUGGUCCAGCACAACGACUCGCUCAACGUCACGCUGGCGUUCCCCGUCUACAGCCAGCAGAGACGGUGACCCGCCCGCCCGCUCCCCCCCAGCUGGCGUAGACUAGCUGCUGAACCUGAACCUGAACCUGACCACAUUUAAACCCGACAGCGUCGUCAGAAGUCUGUUGACGUCUUGGAGACUUUCACAAACCGUCCUGGUGCUGCGGAUCAACAAAUCCAGCUCGCUGAAGACGAAGCUUUACGUGUUACAAUCUUAUUUACAUCCUGCAGGAUUGGUAAGAGGUGAAAACAAACAUUUUACUGUGAAAAAUGGAGCUUUAACUUCCUGCGAGGGGAAAAGGAGCAGCUCCAUCAGAGCAGAGCUAGACUUGAAGGCACCAGUUUGACCAGCUGACCUGAAGAUUUCCUCUCGUCGAAGCUCACGGUCGUGCUCACAUGGGAAGGUUUUUAUUUAUUUCUCGGAAAGAUUUGAGUGCAACAGGAAGAGCAGCAACAUUGAGAGUCCUUCAGGGUUUCACAUUUAGAAAUCAAAAAAACAGGAUUUACAGCAUGUUUCUGCUUAAAACACACAAAACUCCUCCUGACUUACAAAUCCUUCUAUUACAUUAAGUUAUUGUUGUUACCAGUGCAGUUUUCUACUUCAACUCUACAUAAUUGCAAUAUUUUGGGUUAUAAACCCCGCCCCCUGGUGGCGAGCUGCAGAACGAAUCAGAAGAAAACUUUAAUCACAGUAAACCCAAAAGUCUUCAUUUUUUAAUAUUUUAUACAUUUACGUAUACAUUUGUUAUACUUCCCUGUCCCUGAGUGACAAUUUAUGAGAGGUGAAGAAGUAAUCAGAUUACUUUACUGCAGUAAAAGUUCUAAUACCUCAAAUUACUCCACUACAGUAAAAGUCCUGCAUUCAAAACUUACUGCAGUAAAAGUACAAAAGCAUCUAAAUGUACUUAAACAUAGAGAAAGAUAGAUUAACUACAAAAAAUGAACAAAUAAAAAUUAAAAAUAAAUAAAAAAUAAAUUGAAGUAAAUAAAUAAUAUAAAAAUAACACAAAAGUAGAACUUAAAAAUAAAUACAAAAAUAGAAAUAUUUAAGUGCGCGUACAUACAAAAGGAAAAGUACUCAUUUAAUUCCAAAUAUAUUGUUGGAUUAUUAUUAUUGAAGCAUUUUGGUCAAGGUAGAAGUCAUUUUAAUGACUUAAUAAACUGUUAUGAGAUUUAAUUUUUGUUUUUUUAUGUUAAAUCUUGACCCGAACAGUAGCUCAAGCUGUCAGAUUUAUGUAGUGAAGUAAAAAGUACAAAGCUACAUAAAAAUAUAAAAAUAAAACUGAGUAAAGAAACAGUAAAAGUAACAAUAAAGAAAAAGUCUGUUUUGCUUGUUAGUCUGUGAUUGUUGAUGUUUGAGCUGAAACUGAAAGAAUAUCAACAUGUUACAGGGUAUUUUUUGCUAUAACGUAAUCAUAUUUUGAUUUUAUAUGAUUAUUUCAAAUUAUUUUCCCGUCUGUAUGAAUAGAAAUGAUACAACAAAAUAAAAAACAACUAUAAAUCUAAAUUGUUAAUCUCAACAGCUGCCAAAUUCUAAACAUUUAGAAAAUAAUAAAAUCAUUUUGUGGUGGAAUGUAACUGAGUUAGUACAAUUUUAAGGUUUGUGUACUUAACUAUACUACAAGACAUUUAUGUAACUAUAUUUUUCUACUUCACCACAUUUAUCCGACAGCUUAAGGUAUGUUUCACAUCAAGAUUUAACAUAAAAAACAUGAUUCUUUAUUAAUUAAAGCACCUAAAAGUAUAUUCAGCAGUUAAAAUGAGCGGUUACCUUGACGACAGUAAAAUGCUGCUAACAUAAAUGCAUCAAAAAUAAUUUAAAACAUUCUGCAUAACGAGAACUUUUACUUUAGUUGCUUAAAGAACAUUUUGUCACUGCUGCUUUUGUUCUUCAACUUCAGUUAGUUUUGAAUUAUUUGACGUCAACAAAUGUAGUGUGCAACAAAUGUUGCUGUUAUCAAGAUACAGUCAUGGAAAAAAUGAUUAGACCAUGCAUGUUUUCUUCAAUUUCUUGUUCAUUUUAAUGCCUGGUACAACUAAAGGUACAUUUGUUUGGACAAAUAUAACAAAAAUAGCUGAUAAGGGUUUAAUUAUAGAGCUGAUAUCUAGACAUUUUCCAUGGUUUUCUUGAUAAUAACCAAAAUCAUUAUCAAGAAAACCAUGGAAAAUGUCUAAAUUAAACUCAUAUGCUAUUUUUUGUUGUGGUCAUUAUAUCCACAGCUCUGAUAUAAACAGUCCCUAAACGUGUCCCAUGUGACCACGCCCUGUCCUCGUUUUGUCUCGUGGAGGCCAAAGGUCAGAGCUGGUCUGGACUACAGCUGAACGGACUCCUUUAAUCUGCUGAUGCAGCUCGCUCCAACAGAACACGGACUGAUGAUGAUGAUGAUGAUGAUGAUGAUGAUGUCAAAGAAGAAACGGCGGGACAAUCCGGAGAGGCUUCUCUUGUCUGAACACUGUGAACGAGGUUGAACAUGCAGGUGAACAGACUGACCCGCGUUUUUAUAAAUCAGGAGAAAGAAAAGACAAAGACUGGACCACUACAUUCCCUCCGUUAGUGUUUUCUUCUUCAGCUUUGUUUUGGUUUGCCACCUCGGAGUGUCGUUUGAUUUUUUGCCAAUCGGACGAAUUCUUUUCAUUUCAAUAAACGUCCGUCAGCACAAAGAUGAACUUUCCAGACUGACGAGAGGCGCAUCCUUCUUGAUCUACUCAAAGGAUUUACAGCUUACAAGGACUCAUGGACGAAUCGCAGCCUGUUAACAUGACACUUAAUUUGUCUUUAUGGAUUUAUUUUUCUCUUUUUUUUGUGUGCUUUUGGACACUUCUCUUAAACCAGGUACAGGAGAUAAAACUGUGUUGCGUAAGUUUUCCACAACAUUGGUUUCGGGAAUCAAAAGUGUUUGGAAAUGUCCUGAAGUUUUCAAGCUCUCAUUUAUUUACUCAUUCUACUGACAGUCCUGCUCUUUCACUCAUUGGACGUUUGAACCAAACAAGAAUCUGUAAUGUGACGCAGUGAAAUAAAACGGUUGGUUUGAAA